CAGCCGACCUAUGCUGACCCAGCACUGUGUACAAAGUGCCAACUUGAGCCUGAUGACACUGCUGUUUACUCAGCCAUUGACCGUUGAACCCCGAUCUUCAACUAAUGAAUAACUGCCAAACUCCAGCCCAGCCUGAUAAGGCGGCAAGCAGUAUAAAAGUGAACAACUUGUAAAGUGACGCACUACUGGAGCAGCGCAGAACCGACAGAAGAGCUCACCAUGAAGCUCGUUGGCCUCUGCAUCACCUUGCUUCUGCUCUCAGCAGGAUGCAGUGCAUUUGCAAGACCCCAAGCAGUGAAGGAGACAGUCGCUGCUGUGAUGCCCUACCUCGAAAAGCUAGAUGACGUUGGCAAGAAGCUUCUGGAUGAACUUGAGAAGACUGAUUUUGGCAAGAAACACAACCUGAAGCUUAAUGAGAAGGUGGACGCCAUCUCCAAGUACGCCCAGCAAGCUGCAGAAGCCAUGGCGGUUUACUCCGAGCAGAUCUAUGCGCAGGUCUUUACGGACGCGGAGAAGCUGACGGAGGAACUGAAGGCUGAACUGGAUGAUCUAAAGGAGAAGGUACAUCCCUACAUCCCGACCGUGCAAGCAAAGAUUCAGAAGCACAUCGAGCAGUACAAAGCCAAGCUCAUCCCAAUGAUCACGCAGGUGGGUGACAAAGCCAUGAAUAACAUGAAGGAUCUCAAGGAGGUGGUUGAACCACACGCGGAGGGACUGCGCACUGCUGUCAUCACCAACGUCAAAGACAUGCAGGAGCACCUGGCCCCUCUGGCUGAUACCAUGAAAACGAAAGCCAGUGACCAGUUGCAGAGUUUACGCAAGAAUACUGGCUCCAUGACCGAAGAUGUCCGCAAAAAGGUUACUGACUGGCUGUCCCGGUUUCAGAAGAGCACGGGGCAGGUGGUGCAGGAUCUAAGCACCAAGAUGGGGCCUUAUGUGGAGCAGAUAAAGGCCAAGGCCCAAUCUAUCUAUGCACCUGCUGCGGCGGCCUGAUGGAGCCCAUUGACCCUGUGCCUCCAAUCCUCGACCCCCUGCCUCAGAUGAUCAAUUUUGUUCUUAAUAAACUGCUCUUUACAAA